UUCUGGCGGCGGCUUCCGCCCGGUUGCUGAGGAAGAAGAACAAUCUCCAGUUCUCUGGGAUAGGUUUACAAAUUGGAUUAAUGGUCAAACAUUACUACAGUUGGUUCGAUUAGCUGUUGCCAUGGUAGUGCGCCAGGGGUUGGAGAAUGUGAAGUAUUUUCUUACCGACAGGCCACCACUGGUUGUGUUCAUUUUGUGCAUCAGUUCUUUGGCGGUCGCUUUCUUCAGUUUAGGCAUCUAUAUCCGGUCACAUGAAAUCACAAACCCUGAUGUGCCUCAGGUCUGGAAUACAGUCCUUCAGUCUCUCAGUAAACUGAAAUUCUGUCAAUCUAAAAAUAAAAGUUUGGACGCUGUACCUGCUCUUGUUAGGCAUGGUUCCAUAAGGAGGCGACCAGACCCUGAUCCAUUAGCUCAUACCACUACAGGACAGCCUUCAACUGUUGUUUCUACGCCAAGUGCACCAGUCAGUAUCUCCCUGCUGGUGCCAAUGAGCUUUGAUUUAAAGGAGCCAUACAAAGGAUUUUAUAGCAACGUAACUCGUCUCCAGGCUGUGGUAACUGGAAAUCUGCUGGGGCUAAGAGAUUCUAAGGCAAAGGAACUGAUUAACAUCAUGCUCAUGUCACGAUGGUCACCUGAACAUGACCUUUCACCAGUAAAUUCCACAAAUACCAAGAAUCACCCUACCUGCAUCACAAUGACUGCAGCUGCACAUGUUCUCCCUCAAGUAAGAUAUUUUCCUUCCUGUGACUUGGAGAAUCUCACCGAUACAUCUUUGUACCAGACCACAUUGGCAGAGAGCUCCGAGAAGACAUCUUCACAAAGUCACACUUCUGUUCAGUGCUACGUGGCACAGUACAAACCUGAACCUAAGUUUACCAUUCUGCUUUUGGAGGAAGACCGUAUUCUCUGCAGUCGGCAUUUACUAAAUGCCAGUUAUAUUCUAAUUCUCCUGGCUGUUGUUAUCUUCUUUGUAUCUGUGGCAUGUGGAAUAAGAAAAAAGCCAAGGCACAAAGCAACCAAUCAACAUAAGGUCCAUCUUCUAGAAAUGUGAUAUUAAACCUUGUGGAGAGAAAUAAAGCAAUCUGUUAGAAAAUGGAAGAUUUUUUUUCCAACUUGGUAUCUUUUGUGAGUUUCUCCAAAGUAAAAUAUAAUAAGUAAAUAUAACACUAAAUUUGUACUCUUCCAUUGGAGUGAAUUACUUUCGGAGCUAAUAAUCUUGCCUUUAACAAAUGAUAUUUAUUUGUUGAGCCAUUAUAAUUCUCUAACAGUAGGUAGAAUUUUUGAAUUGUGUUCAACCUGCCAGUCAGGCUCCAGCACGCAUCCAAUCAUAAGACCCAACAAAGUCAACUUAAAACUUCAGUAAUGAUUUACUAUUUAUUUUGAAAGUGUUCAGUUUUGUCUUGACCAUUUUUUAAAAAAAGGGUAAAGCCAUUGGAAUGAUGGCUUAAUUGUUUAUUUGUUAACUUGAUCUGUUGGCUUAAAUAUAGACGUUAUAAAAACAUUGUUUUAGGAUAUCUUGGUGGCAUCUGUUCUGAAUUCUAGGAAACUUAUCAGAUUAUUUUUUGUAUACUUUCAAUGUUCACAUGUCUGCCAAGAUAUUCAUGGACAUCUCAGGCAAUGGUGUCCUGAUUGGUGAAUAAAUAUAAUGAAAUAAUA